AUGGCUUCCGAACUACUACGGCCGCAGGGGGACGAGACGAUGACGCAGGAGGACGCGUCACAAGGGGCAGACGGCGUGCAAAUACCCAAGGAGGGCACGCUGACGUACGACGGCCGCUACAGACGCUACAGCUUCUACGGAAUCAUCUUCGAGGUCCCCGUACGCUACGUCCCCCUCGUCCCCAUUGGCCGAGGCGCCUACGGCAUUGUAUGCUCUGCACGAGACGAGACAACCGGGGAGGAGGUGGCAAUCAAGAAGAUCGGCAAGGCGUUCAACGACCGCACAGACGCCAAGCGGACUCUCCGCGAGAUUGUGCUCCUCCGCAACAUGAACCACCCCAAUGUGAUCGCCAUCAAGGACAUCAUCCGCCCGCCCAACCCGCAGAGCUUCCAGGACGUGUAUAUCGUGUAUGAGCUCAUGCCCACUGACCUGCAUGAGGUCAUUCGGUCGGGACAAGCCAUGGACGAACGGCACUACAAGUUCAUUCUCUUCCAGCUGCUGCGCGGAACCAAGUACAUCCACUCAGCCAACAUCCUGCACCGCGACUUAAAGCCUCCCAACAUCCUCAUCGACGCGCGCUGCAACAUCAAGAUCACCGAUUUCGGCCUUGCGCGAACCCGCGUGGAAACCACCGACCACCUGACGGAAUACGUGGUUACCAGAUACUACCGCGCGCCCGAGCUGCUGGUGAACAACCAGCAGUACAGUGCGUCCAUUGACGUGUGGUCGGUGGCUCUGAUUUACCUGGAGCUCGUGCUGGGGCACAUUGUGCUCAAAGGGGAUAACUACGUGGACCAGCUCCGCAAGACCUGCGAGGGGAGGGAGAGCAGGGGAGGGAGAGCAGGGAAGGGAGAGCUGGGAAGGGAGAGCUGGGAAGGGAGAGCUGGGAAGGGAGAGCUGGGAAGGGAGAGCUGGGAAGGGAGAGCUGGGAAGGGAGAGCUGGGAAGGGAGAGCUGGGAAGGGAGAGCUGGGAAGGGAGAGCAGAAGGGUGAGGGUAGUAGUGAGAGUAGGGGAGUGAUCGCAAGGCAUUUCCUCUUUUUGUGCAUCACCUCUCCCCCUCCCGCUCCAACUCACCAGCUGAUCGGGUCCCCCUCUGCAGGGGACGCCUCCUUCAUAGUCAACGAUGCUGCCCCGCACACUCCUGCUCUCAGAGCUGCAGGGCUUCCCCUCCCUUGCCCCUUUGUGUUCUUCAUUCCCAGCACCUGUCCUUUAUCCAUCCACCAGCUCAUCGGAUCCCCCUCUGCUGAAGACGCCUCCUCCAUACUGAUUGGAUCCCCCUCGGCCGAAGACGCCUCCUUCAUAGUCAACGAUGCCGCCCGCACCUUCCUGCUCUCAGAGCUGCAGGGCUUCCCCGCACGGAACAUCAGGGACGUGUUUCCCAAGCUGUCGGAACCCGCAGCUGACUUGGUGCAGCGCAUGCUCGUGUUCGACCCGAGAAAGAGAAUCACAGGCUUUGGCCCACCCGUACCUGACUCACUACCACAUGGGGCGGCUCACUGCCACAGGGGGCGGCUCACUACCACAGGGGGCGGCUCACUACCACAGGGGGCGGCUCACUGCCACAGGGGGCGGCUCACUGCCACAGGGGGCGGCUCACUACCACAUGGCCAACCAGCACCCGCCGCAUUCCCUCACCUCCCUCCGUCGUCCCCUAUCUUCCCCCUGCCUGUUCCCCAACCGCAGUUGACGAGGCAUUGGCCCACUCAAACCUGGCGCACUACCACAAGGCCAACCAGGGCCUUCCUCACAACCGCCAACCCCCUCAACUUCCCCCUGUUUGCCUUGGACGAGGCAUUGGCCCACCCGUACCUGGCGCACUACCACAAGGCCAACCAGGACCCGCCGCACCCAAGCCCCUUCCAGUACGACCUGAGCUUCGAGCAGGAGGAGUAUGACAUCCCCCGCAUCCGCCAGCUCAUCUUCGAGCAGGCCUGCGCCUUCAACCCCCGAUAA